UCAAUCGCAGGCAGAUUUAACCACACGCCCUUUCAGGCAUUGUAAUCGUUGCCGGAACUAUUCGUUCGCUUUCUAAACAUGGCGAAUGACAAGGAUCCUUUCAAACAGUUGAGAGAUCUUGCAUCGCUGAAAGGCCAGUUGGAGGACAUCCAGGAGCGCUUGGAGAAUGAGGUUCAAGUGGGCAUGCCUCAGGGAGGCAGUUUCCUUUCCUCUCCCUUCCUCAAGGGCUUUCUCGCAGGCUACGUGAUAGCAAAGCUGCGUUCCUCUGCUAUCCUGGGUGUGGCUGUAGGGACAUGCACUGGCAUUUUUGCAGCACAAAACUACAGCGUGCCUAACAUUGAGAAAACAAUCAAAGAUUUCAGUUUCUUUAAGAAAGGUUCCAAGUGAAUUGUUCUCUGGUUGCCCUAAACCUGAAAGCCAUGAAUGAAGGCUUGCUGACCAAGUCACACAAAGAGUUUCCAUCAGUUAGGGCAUCGUGGUGGAACAUAUUCUUGCAUAUGCAGUGGCACUUUGUAUUUUAUCGUUUGCUGUCAAUUUAAUUGGAAGUGUGUUUUUGUUCAUGUGUGAUGAACAUUUUCUGGGAUAUUCUUUGUGGACCCUCACUCAGAGUGUCUCAAGUCUCCAGCCUGGAAUAUUUUUUUACGUCCACACACACACACACACACACACACACACACGAUUUAUUUUGUUCCUUUAGCCAUUAGUAUUGUCUAAACACACACUGUUUUUCUGUCAUAUAAUGACUGCGUUGGCGUUGAAACCAGAUAUGUACUGAUAUAACUCGGUGACACUUUUUAGGCAGUGACACUUUUUGGCCCUUGAUUCUUUUAGGUGCUAAGUACCUUCAUUUACAGGGAUAUUUUAGACCAUCUCCAUACUCAGAGAAAGUGUAAAUUGUCAAGAAUAGUUCCUGCUUUGAUCUUUGAUAAUGUGGUAUAACCAGUAAAGCUGACAGCCAUUGUGCUUCUACUGUGCCAGCAGACCACUGGUGCCAUUCAAGUAUAUACUUCCCCCUCUGUAGCCUUCUGACAUACACAAGAAGGAUGACAUAUCUUGACUGCUGUGCAGUUAACCUGGGACUCAAUGUAUAUCAUUCUCUAAACAGCCUUACAUAUAAACCAUUAUGCAUGUACUGCCUGUCUAGUAUAUUACUUCAUGUUCUGGGUGCUGAGUUGGUUUGGGCUAGGCUGUUACACUCAUCUAUAAGGAAAAUGCCAUGUAGUUUUUCUAUUGAAAUGUCAUCUUUGAUUUAAGUUAAAUGGCAUGCAUGUGGAUGGACUUGUACUCUUUUUUAACACACAACCUGGAAACUGGAACCAUUUUUUUUCAAUUUGCAUAUAAAUGUACUUUCUAAGCA